AGUGUGGUGGAAGACAAUCGGAGACUUCAGCUUGUGGAUUGUGGAAUAUUUCUGUCUUUUCUCACGAAGAGUGGAACAGAAAUAAACUGCCACCAUGAGUACCGACGCAGAGAUGGCCACUUAUGGCAAAGCUGCCAUUUACCUUCGUAAGCCAGAGAGGGAAAGAAUUGAGGCUCAAAGCGCACCAUUUGAUGCCAAGAGUGCCUGCUAUGUGGCUGAUAGCAAGGAGCUGUACUUGAAGGCAACAAUCCUCAAGAAAGAUGGUGGCAAAGCCACUGUCAAAAUACUGGGAACUGAGGAUGAGAGGGUAGUGAAAGAAGAGGAUGUGAGCCCAAUGAACCCUCCCAAGUAUGACAAGAUUGAGGACAUGGCCAUGAUGACCCAUCUCAAUGAAGCCUCUGUGCUGUAUAACCUCAAAGAGCGUUAUGCAGCAUGGAUGAUCUACGUAAAACUAUUUGCCUAAUGAAAUUAAAAAAUG